UCAUACUGUGUAACAAUAGUUGACAGAUAACUCAUGUUGUAGAGUUACAUUUAAUUUAAUUAAUUAAUUUGAUGAUACAAUUCUACUUGUUUGAAUAUAUUGUAAUGGUAAAGUAAAGGCUUAUUUUUUUAUUAUUCAAUCUACAUGGUGAUGGUAUUCAUUAUAUUUAACAUCAUUGUUUAACAUGAUUUAAGUAAGAGAAUUUUUUUUUAAAACUUGUAAAAUGUGUCUUUUCAUUCUCACAGAAACAGGGCCACAGAAGUUCUUUGUAAUUGAUGAACCAAUGAAGUGGCUUCAGGCUCAGAGCUACUGCAGAGAACAUCACACUGACCUGAUCAGUGGAAUCACACACAUCAAUGAGUUCAAGAAACAGAAUGUCUCUUCUGACUUGUGGAUCGGCCUGUUCAGAGACACCUGGAGUUGGUCAGAUGGGAAGAAUUUCUCUUUCAGACACUGGGAUCCGGACUCAUUUGAAGAAGAAGCCUCAAAGACUUGUGCUAUGACUACGCCAAAUGGAAAAUGGAGCUCCGACAUCUGCGCAAAUCAAAAACCCUUCUACUGCUAUGACGACAAAGUGAUCCUGAUCAAUGAGAGUAAGACUUGGGAUGAGGCCCUGACUUACUGCAGAGAGAAGCACCAUGACCUGGUCUCCAUCACUGACCGUCACCAGCAGAGAUGGGUCCAAGAGAAAGCCAAGAUGGCCGACACUGAGUUCGUCUGGCUGGGAAUGCGCUACACCUGCACUCUGGAUCUGUGGUUCUGGCUCAUUGAUCGUCUGGUCUGCUAUCACAACUGGGCCCCAGACCAAAUGGAUAUGUGUGGCAUGGCUGGAGUCAUGGAGAGAGAUGGAAAGUGGUACAAAAAGGCUGACCAUAAAAAGUUUCAUUUCAUCUGCGCUAAGUAAACCCAUUGUAUAUUUACUGCAACAAGCUCACUCUUCUCUAAUAUGUAUCUGCUCUCUGGGUUUAUUGAAUGGAUCUAGUUCAAAUAUAGAAAUCACAUCCUGAAGAGGGGAGAAACUAAAUUACCAACAGAUGAUUAAACUGAGGAUUAGAAAUUGAGAAAAAGGGGUGACACUAAAUGUAACAUUUUUUUGCCUCUGUGAACAUCUGAAUUAGUUUAUGAUGUGGACUUGUUGUAGUAGUUAUUGAUAUAAUGCAUGUAUAUGUAUCCUCUUAAAGUAUGAAACCUGUAAUCUUCAUUUGAAUUGUUGUCUUUUAUGUUUAUGAGGAAAAAUAUAUAAAAAGACAAAUCUAUAAUGUUUUGCUUUUCAUAAAUAUUUUACAUUAUGGUUGAAAUGUGGUGAUGGUUAUAAUAUGUGUAUCACUAUUGUUGUCAUAUUUACCUUUGUGGAGUUUUAACUGGAUGUUUAAUUGUCUAAAACUGAAUAAACGACCUGACCCAAAAACAA